AUGCGGGGUGAGUAUAAUGGCCUCAAAGCACUUAUUUUGAAAGAAAAUCCAAGUGCUUACUACAUUCAUUGCUUUGCUCAUCAACUUCAACUAGCUCUUGUAGCUGUGGCACAGAAACAUCCGAAGAUUGAAACUUUCUUCACUACAGUACAUAGAUUGGUGAAUAUUGUUGGAGGAUCAGCUAAAUGGAGUGAUCUUAUUCGAGAGAACCAAAGAUUGAAAAUUCUUGAAUCACUCAGUGUUGGUGAAAUAUCAAGCGGACGGGGUCUCAAUCAAGAAAUUACUCUUCAGCGUCCUGGUGAUACACGUUGGGGCUCUCACUAUAGUUGUUUAAUUAACUUGAUUGCCAUGUUUUCAACUAUAGUCGACGUCAUUGAGAUGAUUGCUACUGAUACUACAAGUACCGAAACAAGAGGUGAUGCAUGCAUUUCAUUGGAGUUGAUGUUAAGAUUUGAAUUUGCAUUUAAUCUAUAUCUCAUGAAAAAGAUUUUAGGGAUUUCAAACGAAUUGUCAAGAACAUUACAAACAAAAGAUCAAGAUAUUGUCAAUGCUAUGAAAUUAGUGCAAAUAUGUAAAACACAGCUCCAAACCAUGAGAGAUGAUGGAUGGGAUUCUUUUUUGGGAGUGAUUUGUUCAUUUGGUGAAACUCACAUGAUCAAUGUUCCCGAUAUGGAUGAUAUGUUCGUAACUGUUGGUUGUUCACGGCGUGAGACAGUGACAAAUUUGCAUCAUUUUCGUGUGGAAAUGUUUUAUGCCGUCAUUGAUAUGCAACUUCAAGAGUUGAAUGAUCAUUUUUCUGAAGUAAAUAGUGACUUGCUUAUUUAUGUUGCAUGUUUAUCUCCAAGUAAUUCAUUUGCUGAUUUUGACAAGAUCAAAUUGAUUCGACUAUGUCAGUAUUAUCCGGUAGAUUUUGAUGCAGCAAAUAUCCUAGAACUUGAUGAUCAACUAGAUACGAUUAUUCUUGAUAUGCGCACUUCUGAAGACUUUGAAGAAUUACAAGGCAUUAGCAAUCUUGCACAGAAGUUGAUUGUGAAAAAUAAACAUGAAGUGUAUCCAUUAGCCUACAAACUUGUGACACUAACCUUAGUUCUUCCCGUGGCUACUGCUAUAGUCGAGAGAGCAUUUUCUGCGAUGACUUACGUCAAAAAUCGUUUGCGCAAUCGAAUCGGAGAUCAAUGGUUGAAUGAUAGUUUGAUUGCAUACAUUGAGAAAGAUGUUUUUGAUAAGAUUGAAAAUGAUGUAAUUAUGGAACAUUAUCAAAGUAUGAGAAUACGUAGAGAGCAAUUGUAA